GGUUCCGAUCUCCGGCGACCGGCAACCUAUAAAACUCAUCAUCUACCAUGGAACCUGAUAACAAAGCUAUUAUUCAAAACCCGGUAACCAUGGAAGAUUUAAUGCAACUGUUUACACAGUUAAACACCAAAAAAUCCACCACAGAAACUCAGAAUUUCCAACCAAUUCAAAUUCCAGAAAAAUUGAAUCACAAAAAUUUCACAAAAUGGGCAAAGCUAAUGCAACUGGAACUCGGCGGUAGGGAAAGGCUCAACCACAUCAUAGCCUCCCCGCCAAGCCAAGAGGAUCCAGAUUACAUAAAAUGGUCACAACGGGAUUCAUUAGUAAUCUCGUGGAUAGAUGGAAACAUAGAUCCAGAAUUGCAAAAUCAAUUUCUGGAUUACCCUACCGCAAGAGACUUGUGGAAAGGGAUCGAAACACUAUACGGAGGGACCAAAGACGGACUCCAAGUUUUUGACCUUAUGGUUAAAGCAAACAAAAUUCAGCAAGGAGAAGAUCCAAUUGAAGUAUACUACAGCAAACUUACUGGAAUCUGGAAGGAGAUUGACAGACGUUCACCGAAUCCGAUGAACAGUCCAGAAGACAAAACGACUUACAAUCGAAUAACCCAGCAAAACCGAUUGUAUCAGUUCUUAGCAGGGGUAGAUGAAACUCUUGAUAAGGAUCGACGGGAUAUUCUCAAUCGAGAACCUCUUCCAACACCGGAGGAGGCGUUCGCGAUAAUAAGGAGAGAGAUAAACCGGCGAGGGAUUAUGAGCACCGAACCACCAAAACCCUCACAAAUGGAAUCAUCGGGAAUUGGUGGUGGGUUUGCUGUGAGAGGAAGAACGGAGAAACCCAGUUUCCGUCGAGAUGAUGAGAAAUCGGGACUCAGAUGCACCCAUUGUGGGGGUGCGAGACACACCAAGAAGGGAUGUUUCGAGAUUAUCGGCUACCCAGAAUGGUGGGGAGAUCGAAAGAAGAAAGGAGAGAGAAGGAGCACGGCGGCCGUGGGUACCAGUGAGGUACCAGCAGCUGGCGGAGAACACAGAGGAACAGCAGGCGGCCGUGGAUCCUCUGCGUCAGGUAUGACAGAGAAAACGAAGGAGGAAGGAUGCUCGGACAGGGGAGAUUAUUGGGCAUGGUACUGAGGAGGGUGGACUAUAUUAUGUUACUCAGAUGCCUCACCAGGGUAAAGCAACGCUUGUUCGCAGG